GGGGCGGGGCGGGGGCGGCGGGGCCCACCAUGCUGAGCCGGCUGCAGGAGCUGCGCAGGGAGGAGGAGACGCUGCUGCGGGUCAAGGCGGCGCUGCACGACCAGCUCCGCAGGCUGCGGGUGGAGGAGCUGGCGCUGCAGUCCAUGAUCAGAUCCAGCGAGGAGAACGUCGCUGUCCCCUCCUCAGCCCUCGCAGGGGACGCUCAGCAGACUCUUGGGCAGAUGGACAACGAGGCUGCCAUCAACCAAACCGAGCUACACCUCAGCCUUCAGGGCCAUCAGGAGGAGGAGGAAGAGGAGGAAGAAUCCGAUUCUUGAGAGAGGGGGGGAAAAAAAAACCAGAGCUGGUUUUUGAUACAGACUCAGGAAUUUCUUCUGCAUUCAUUUAAAACUCACCAGGUGAUUUCCAUGUCGUGCUGUGUGUGGAUAUGAACUGUGUGAUCCGUGAGGCAGAGUCCAGGGCAGUGACACCCAGCA